AUUUUGGGGCUAUGGACAAUAAAAUUGGGCUAUGGACAAAAACUGGGGCGAGGCUAUUGGGCUUGUCCGCUUUAUAGUGGACACCCUUGUAGUGAUAGCCGUGAAGGGGAUGGAGAGUGUUGGAACUGAUGAAGCACCGAAUAUGGGAGAGAGGGAAUUCAAGUCAUGUGAUCGAGAUGAUGUCUCGCAUCUUUCUCUUGAUAUAGGAGGUUCUUUAAUAAAGAUGGUUUACUUCUCUAGUGGCAGUAGCUCCCCCUCUGAUGAUCAGAAACACAGCUAUCUAAAGGAUGGAACUAACACAUCCAUUGGAACCUCCAAUCAUAAUGGCCUAAGAGGGAAGCUUCACUUUCUGAAGUUUGAAACAAGCCAAAUCGAUGAAUGCAUCAAGUUCAUAUCUUCCAAGCUCCUUCAAAAUAAUGGUGGUCAGGAUGAUAAGGACCUUGCCAGUGAGGAAAUUAUUAUUAAGGCCACGGGUGGCGGGGCAUUUAAAUUUGCUGAUUUAUUCAAAGAAAAGCUAGGUAUUGUUCUGGACAAGGUAGAUGAAAUGAGCUGCCUUGUUGCUGGAGCCAAUUUCCUACUUAAGGCAGUGAACCAUGAAGCAUUUACCUAUAUGGAUGACCAGAAGGACUAUGUCCAGAUCAACCACAAAGAUUUGUACCCUUAUCUCCUAGUUAAUGUGGGAUCUGGAGUCAGCAUGAUCAAGGUGGAUGGCGACAACAAUUUUGAGCGAGUCAGUGGAACAAGUGUUGGUGGUGGCACAUUCUGGGGUUUGGGAAGACUUUUGACCAAGUGCCAAAGUUUUGAUGAGCUGUUAGAACUGAGUCGCCAAGGAAACAACAGAGUGAUAGACAUGCUCGUUGGAGACAUAUACGGUGGAACAGAUUACUCGAAGAUUGGUCUUACGUCAACGACAAUUGCUUCUAGCUUCGGUAAGGCAAUAUCUGCAAACAAAGAGCUUGAUGAUUACAGACCUGAGGAUGUAGCCAGGUCCCUACUAAGAAUGAUCUCAAACAAUAUUGGACAGAUUGCUUACUUGAACGCAUUACGUUUUGGAUUGAAGAGGAUAUUUUUCGGAGGUUUUUUCAUUCGAGGACAUGCAUACACAAUGGACACACUUUCAGUUGCAGUUAAUUUCUGGUCGAAAGGUGAAGCAAAAGCUCUAUUUUUGCGGCACGAAGGGUUUCUUGGGGCACUGGGAGCUUUUAUGAACUACAAGAAAAAUGGAUUUACAGAUAUCACUCAUCAAUUUAUGGAACAAUCCUGCGAAAUUGCACAAGAUUUGGUCUGCAAAGAUGAAGAUAUUUAGUGAUGCGUUUCUCAGCACCGACACAAUAAAGUCAAACCUAACCCCAUAGGUGUCGGUAGAAUGUAUAGCAAUUACUUGCUGCAGUGCUGAGUUAACUUUGCACUUUGCAGCAACGUAUAUUAACAUACAAAUCCUAGAGAAUUAAGAUUUCCAACCCACACCCUCUAUCUAGUUUAUUGGAGAGGGAUCAUCACAAGUAGUUUCUUCUUGUUGUUAUAUUAUUAUCCACAGAAUAUUAGUGUAUGUUUCCUUAGUCAGAAAUUAUUUGACUGGCGGGGAUUGAUGCUAUUCUCAUUGUUUUACUCUCUAAGAACUUGUUUACACUUUACAGUCUCAAGUUAACCUUAA